ACACCAGACGGACAAGAAGGAAGGACAAGAAGCAAACAGAGAACAUGGGAGCAAAUGAAGUGAUACACACAUUAGACAUGGCUACAUGGAUCCUAGCUGCGUCUUUCCUCGUUGGAGUGUGUUUCCUGUUAUUUAGAGUAGGCAGGCCGAGGACAAGCUGAUUUCACAACAGCACACAGGGUGCAUUUAUGCCCCCCCUACAGUGAGCAGGAGGGGUUUACAGGGUUAAAUAAAGCCAGAUGGGACAGAAGGAAAAGCCGCAAACAGGGAAGAGAAAGUGGGAGAAAGCGUACGGAGCUUAGGCAUGGCUACAUGGAUUCUUGUUGCUUUUCUCGCCAUUGGUGUGUCGUUCCUAUUACUGAGCGCUUUAUGGUCCAGGAGAAGGCGAGAGAAUGAACCUCCACUAGUGAAAGGUUGGCCUUUUCUUGGUGUUAUUUUAGAAUAUGGUAAAAACCCACUGGCCUUCCUACAAGCAGCUCAAGAAAAGUAUGGAGACAUCUUCACAUGCCAACUUGCAGGAAAGUACUUCACCUUCGUCACAGAUCCUUUCUCUUUUUCAUCGGUGAUGCGCCAGGGGAAAAACCUUGACUUUCAAAAAUUCGCCAUGGGUUUCUCUCAGCGGGUGUUUGGGCAUGCUGAUUUUACAUCUCCAUUGUUUAGCGAAAGCUACCGUGAAGUGCACAUGCUCUUCAGACAAACCCUGCAAGGCCCAUCUCUUGAGCAACUAAGCGAGACCAUGCUUGCUAAUCUGCUGUCUGUUAUCCAGCACGGCCAGCCAAGCAAAAACGUUUGGAAAGAGGAAGGUUUACAGUGCUUCACCACACGUAUCAUGUUUGAGGCAGGAUUCGUCACUCUGUUUGGGAAGAAUUCAAGGCUUCUUCAGCCAGAAGGAAAGGGUGCUAUUGGGACAUGUGUGCAGAAGGCGAAGAGAGAUUUUUUGGCAUUUGACGGGGCUUUUCCUAAACUGGCUGCCGGAGUGCCUAUCGCGCUGUGCGGCCGUGCGUGGAGGGCCAGAGAAGCAUUAACCAAGGGACUACUGCACAGGGAGCUCAAUCACAGGAUAUAUGUCUCAGAUCUGAUUCAGCGCAGGAUGGACGCCUUCGAUCGCAUGCACCUGGACGAGACAAAUAAAGCACGAACACACGUAUGCAUGCUCUGGGCUUCGCAAGCCAACACACUGCCUGCUGCCUUUUGGAGUCUGUACUAUAUGCUGAGACAUCCAGAAGCUUUUGCUGCGGCUCGUAAAGAGAUCGACCAGAUCUUCACCAAGUUACCAAAUGACAAAGCAAUCAGUGUACCCAAAGAGAAGCUGGAAUCCAUGAUUGUGCUUGAGAGUAUUAUCAGGGAAGCUCUGCGGCUGUCAAGUGCUUCCAUUAUGAUCCGAGUCGCAAGUGAUGACUUCAUUCUGACCCUGGACUCAGGCCAAACGGCAGCUAUUAGGAAAGGAGAUUACAUUGCUCUCUACCCCCGACUAAUACACCUAGACCCUGAAAUCUAUCCAGAUCCGUUGGUAUUCAAGUACAACCGGUUCUUGGAUGAAGAAGGUCAAAGGCGGAAUCAGUUCUACAAAAAUGGCCGACAGCUGAAGCACUACCUCGUGCCGUUUGGAUCUGGCGCCAGUGAGUGUCCGGGUCGUUUCUUCGCCAUCAAUGAGAUAAAGCAGUUUCUCAUGUUGGCGCUCUGGCAUUAUGACUUACAAAUCAGUGAGCAUAACGACACACUGUCACCAGACCGUACCCGCGCCGGCCUUGGCAUCCUGCCACCUUCACAAGACAUAUUGCUUAGAUACAAAACAAGAGCAGACAGGUACACAGAGAAACCCAGGGAGAAAAAUGGUAUUGAUGACUAAAAUGUCAGUUGAAAAAAAAAAGAAUGUCAUUUGCUAAACCAAAACAGCGGAAAAGUAUUAGAAAAAAUCAUAUCUAUGUAUAAAAAAAAAAGUUUGAAAUGAAACAGUGGCUCUGAAUGUAAUGUGUAGAUUAUCAUGUAUAUUUUGUAGGUACUUAGUUCUAUUCAUUGGAUAAACCAUAGGGGAAUUAGGUUUAUAUGGCAAGUAUCCUAAUAUUAGGCUGCAGAACUUUACAUUCUAUUGCAUUAACAUGAAAUUCAUUCUAUCCAGCUUUAGAAGCAGAAGCAGUAUCUAACCUGGUGAUGUUCUCCCAGGCCUGUAGCAACAGUCCCUGCUAUGAUUUGGGGCUUUUCCUCAUUCCUUUUACACAUAUUAAUCAUGCUCUACUCAACUAUAGCUGCAAAUAUAUAUUGAUUAUUAGGUACAACAAAAGGAGCGGCACUUAAGGAAGUGAUGAAUUAAUGUUUCUUUGAUAGUGGAUAAAUUUGAAGACGCACUUUUUUUCUGUCAAUCUAGAAAUGCCCUUUAUCGAUUGUGCAUAUAUUCUAUAGUGUCAAUUUGCAAUAUUCUGUAAGAAAUAUAUUAUAAUAUAUAUUCUGAUAAAUAGUUGCUUACAGUUGGUAAAGGACUGGUUGAUUAAAGCACUACAUACUUUAUGUCUGUUGUAUGUCAACUGUAAAUGUAUAAACCAGAGUGCAUACUUAAUUCAGGGGUGUAGUAGUAAUUCUUUUACUUCUAUUGUCAUCUGCUUUUUCUUUUUUUUUUUUACUUCUUUUUUCUUUUAUUGAGUCCUUAUCAUUUCACCAUUAGAAAUGUUGAAUUUAUGUGUGAAAAUUCUAUUGAAUAUUGUUUGUCUAUGUGUAUAUGCAAUGAUCAUCACGAUUAAUUGGAUAUUUGUAUGUCAUAUUUAUUUUGGAAAUAAAUAAACCUGAAUAUUUCAGAUUUAUUCA